AUGACAUCAAAUAAUAUAAAGAAUCAAAUGAAUCAUUUAUCAUUGGGUAUAAAACAUCAGAGGUCAUCAUCAUCUCCACCAAUCAAUGCUUUGAGUGGAGGAGACCCAUCAAGUGCAUCGGCUACACCAAAUAUGCAAUCACCAUUAUCUCCAUUGUCACCACCAGUCAUUGCAAAAGGUGUCAAACCAAUUAACCCUGCAAUGCAAAAGUAUAGUAACAAUGAACAAGUAAAGACUUCAUUUGAACAAUUAAAGGAUGCAUUGGGAGACUAUGAAUUUGAUGGUGAAGUCGUCAUUAAAGAUGUAGACUCUGAAGAAUACUCUUUAUACUAUGGCGACAGAGGAGGAGAAGAUGAUUAUACAGAUGAUACAGACGAUACAGAUGACGCAGGUAGUGAAAGUAUGGAAGAAGAAGAAAUUGCAAUUGUAAAGUCAUCACCGCCAAUUGGUAGAAAUUAUAGUCACUCUGUCAGCGGAUAUGCACCUUCUCCUACACGUCACGAACGUUCCGAGAGUACCAUUAUACAUCCAGGUGUAGAAUCACAACCAAUCAAAGGACUCACAACAACCACUGCACUCAAUCGUACACCAUCCAAAGUAUCAGUAACCGUCACUACUAGUAGUACUGGUAGUAUGACUAGUCUAAUCAAUAAUCUCACUCCUCCCUCUACUCCACCAUCAUCAACCACUUCACCUGUAUUAUCUCCAAUCAACAACAAUAAUCAUAACUCUCACUUGGUUUAUAAUCAAGGAGCAUCUUCACCAGUCACUGUCAAACAAAAUGAUCGUGCCAAUCAAUUCAAAGAGGCAAUCUCUUCAGAAUACAAGAAAAUGUUGGAUAAUCCAGAUGAAUUUAGAGCAGAGAAAUUAAAACAAAGAAAAUCUAAAUUUUUUACAAAAGAGGGCAAUCAACCACCAGAAGUUAGUUCAAUGAUUAACAAACCAUUAUCUGGAAUGACUUUGGAAUCUGUAAUAACAAGAGAAAAUAAUAGAGAUGGUGGAAAUAAAAAAGUUCCACUUCUUGUUACAAAAUGUAUAGAAUAUUUAUCAAUUGAAUCAGCAUUAAAAACUGAAGGAUUAUUUAGAGUAGCAGGAAAUCAAUCAGAAGUUGAAACUUUAAUGAAAUCUUUACUUCAACAUGGAUAUGAUAUACCAACAGGUUGUUGUGUUCAUGUUGUUGCUAGUACACUUAAAAAAUUCCUUCGUCAACUUCAAGUACCAGUAUUUACAUUUAAAUAUCAUCAUGAAUUUAUUAAUAGAUUUAAAAUAACAAAUGAUUAUGAAAGAUUACAAUCAUUAAAAAAAUUAAUAUUAGAAUUACCAGAUUAUAAUCAAAGAAUUGUAAAUCAAGUGAUUAAAUUUUUAGCAUUGGUAACCAAACAUAGCACAAUCAAUAUGAUGCAUGCACACAACCUUGGACUCAUGUUUGGUCCAACAAUGAUGAAAGCACCAGAUGAAAAUGAAAUGUCAAUCAUGUUGGAUACUAGUAGUCAAGUAAUUACUUAUUUAAUUGAAAAUUAUUCUCAAUUAUUUCAAAUGGAAUAA